AACGGAGAAACUGUUUCACCUCUGUUGAGUCAGAACUCAGAGCCAACCCGGCGAUUCGGCGAUAGACGCCACCGACCGGUUCGUCAGAAUGGUGGCCUCCGCCGCAGUCGCCGGCGUCUCUCUGACGGCGCAUCAGCGCAAUAUUCUAGCUGGUGUUAACGCCGGCGCUUCGAGCCUCUCGUUCGUUGGUUCAGGCUUCAUCGUUCUCUGCUAUCUCCUGUUCAAGGAGCUCCGCAAGUUCUCCUUCAAGCUUGUCUUCUACCUCGCCCUCUCCGAUAUGCUUUGCAGUUUCUUCAGCAUAGUAGGGGAUCCAUCAAAAGGUUUCUUUUGCUCUGCUCAGGGCUAUAGCACACAUUUCUUUUGUGUGGCAUCUUUCCUAUGGACCACAACAAUUGCUUUUACCCUGCAUCGAACUGUUGUUAAGCACAAAACAGAUGUUGAAGAGUUUGAGGCAAUGUUUCACUUGUAUGUCUGGGGUACUUCCCUGGCUAUGACAGUUAUACGUUCAUUUGGUAAUGAUCAUAGACAUCUUUCUGCAUGGUGUUGGACUCAAUCAGGACUUGCAGGGAAGGCAAUUCAUUUGUUAACAUUUUACAUGCCACUCUGGGGUGCUAUACUAUAUAAUGGGUUCACAUACUUCCAAGUUAUACGCAUGCUGAACAAUGCAACCCGUAUGGCAGUUGGUAUGUCAGGCCAACCUUAUGCAUCCGAUGCACGGGAUAACAUGAGGGCUCUAAAUCGCUGGGGAUACUAUCCACUGAUUCUAAUAGGAUCAUGGGCUUUUGGAACCAUUAACCGUAUUCAUGAUUUCUUUGAACCCAACCAUAAGAUCUUCUGGCUCUCAUUUCUAGAUGUCGGAAUGGCUUCUCUUAUGGGCCUCUUUAAUUCAAUUGCAUAUGGCCUUAAUUCUUCUGUUCGUCGAGCAAUUUGUGAAAGAGUGGACAAGUUUAACCAUAAUGAUGUUAUGGGUGUUGGACAGGGAAAGGAAAAGGAGAGAAUAUAGGGACAAUAGUACUAACGUGUGUGUUUUAUCCAUAAAAUAAUUUUAAUGUGUCUGAUAUUGAUGUGAUAUGUUGUCAUGUAUUUAAAGACAAAUUACUAAUCCAUAAUCAUAUAAAUAAUUGACUACUAAUCCUAAUUAAAUAAGAAAAUAAAUUACAGAAUAUAAACAAUUAUGACAAGUACUCGUAAGAUUAUCUAAGAUACAACCAGGAUAUUAUGAGAUGUUUCAUGCAGCUUCCUACUUAAGCUAUAUUUUACUAUGGUUUGAGACUAAGAUGAAUAACGAGGCUAGAAUGUCUAGGACUAAGAUGAUAGGGUGAAAGCACGGGGGACUGACGGAGAAAGUUGUACCCAACAGUAGUCACCAAUAAAAAAUUCUUUCCUAAAGACAAAAAUUGAGGAAUGUUUGACCAUAUAUCCAUAAGAUUUCCAGUGCUUGUAUAAGACUUAAUGUUUGCCAGUAAUAAACUACAAAGAAAUCAAGUUUAGUAUUCCAGUGAGGAUGUGACUUUGGGCAAGUAUACGCAUUUGAAAAGAUGGGAUCACAAAACACAAAAAGAUGCGUUAUAGAGAAAGUUGGGAUCUUGUGAAACAAAUGGUAGAAUCUUGUGUUAAAUGGUUUGGGCAUUUCUGGAAAAGGCUUAUAGAAGUCCUAAUAAGGAGGGCAAAUCAAAUGAAGGGCUCUUUAAUGGUUUAGAGACAGAAGAAAACAGAAAACCAAUAUUUAAACUGUCAAAAGAAAUAGAUGUCGAAGGUUUAAAUGCAAAUAUGAUCUAUGUAAUCAACCCAGCUGGGCAAGGUUUACUUCCUUUUAUAAUUUUAAACAUUGAUAUUGUUUUUAU